CCAAAAUAAUUAUAAGAUAUUAAAUAUAAAUACGUAAAUAUAGAGCAAGUGUGGUUGGAACGAACCUCCACUUCCCUACAAGUCCCCCUUUUUUCUCUCCCUACCUCCUUCACUUUUGUGUUGUUCUUGUUCCUCUCUUCACUUGUUCUCUCAAUUCUUUUCUUCCUUUAUUUUCAUGUUGUUGUGAAUAUUAUUGAAGAUUGGAGAGUUCUUCGUCUCUGUUACGUACAGCAACCUCAAUAGGUUCUAGCUAUAGUUGUUGAUAUAGAAUCCAAGGAAGAAGAAGACGAUGGAGGAUAUGUUUGCCAUGAUCCAGCAGCAAAACGUCGUCGCAUCAUCACGCCAAGACUUGAGCUGCGUGGUUUGUCCCAAGCCCCGCCGACUCGGCCUCCUCAACCUUGCCGCCACCGCCAACGACCAUCCUUCCAGAUCCUUCCGGUGGCAUCUCAGUUGCCAGGCGGAGCCAUGUGAUUCAAAAUCUGCCGGGUCAAGUCCUCUGGACACAAUCCUUACCAAAGGUGAUUUUGACAUGGAGGAGGAAUCAUGGCCACAGGUUGCAUCGUCUCCCCCAUUUUUCUGCGGGUCACCGCCGAGCAGAGUAGCUAACCCACUGAUUCAGGAUGCUCGAUUUGGGAAUGAGAAUUUCUCGCCUCUCUCCCCAUCAUCGUGGGUGGUGGUUCCCUCUCCGUCGGGGCUGCCACCCUCUCCUUCCAACUCUGCCAGGAAAGGAGGCUGCGUUCGAGCCAAUUUUGGUAACAAUCCGGCCGUCAGGAUCGAGGGGUUUGAUUGCCUCGACAGGGAUAGGCGAAAUUGCAGCAUCCCUGCUCUGGCUUAAGAACAGAGACAGAGAGCAAGAAAACCCCAUCACACAUAUAUCUUCAGAUUUAGAUUUCAGAUUACCGCAUAUACACACACAGCAGAAGAGCUUUGAUAAUACGCACACCUUCGGGAAAGAGGAGUUUUAGAUGUCUGAAGACGAAAACAGUAGUUUAUCUUGUGUCUGUUUUUUGUGUAAAUAAGUUCAGUUCAGUUCAGUUAAUCUGCAAGUGCAAGCAUGUAAAUGUUAAUAGUGUUCUUGUGUAGGAAAAAAUCAUUUAGUCUUUAUCAAAUAAUGAGGUCUCAAGCUCAAAAUUGGGAGGGCUUAUUUGGGUUUUAGUUUUGGCUUGGGCCUCUCUCUUUUAGGUGUAUAAUAGAAGAUCAUCAUCCUCUUCUUUGUAAGUAGAAUCUUUGGAGGAUGAUGGUUUGGAAUAUUUCAUUUUGAUGUUCUUUUUAGGGGUCUUUGAAUUGUAACUAGCCGGCUUAAGCAGGAAAAUAUGUACAAAAGAAUGGUUUAUUUGAGAA